AUGCUCAUGAAAAGCCUCGUCGGCCUUGCUUCCAUCGCUAGCGCCCUGCUAAUCAUCGGUGCGAUCGGCUUAAUCGCUCAUAUCUACAACGAUUUUAGCGAAUUUUAUGAGAAGGCACAAGUGGAACUGAGCGAGUUUAAGGUGGAUGCUGAUGGCGCUUGGGAUCAGAUGGUUUUUUCGCUGAAAGACCAUCACCCUCGAGAAGCUCGUGCCAUAAAGAUUCGUCGCAAAAAGAAGCAAAGCGCUUCUUACGAUGGCGGAGAUGACUCUAAUGCUGGCGGCGGUACGUGCGAUUGCGCUGCAGGACCGAACACUUGCCCACCAGGACCAGCAGGACCUCCUGGACAACCUGGAACGCCAGGAGAAGACGCUAUGCCCGGACAAGAUGGUGCGCCAGGAAGAGCUGGAAUUUCCAUCAUCGAUAUAGGAGGUGGAGAUGAUCAAGGAGGAUAUGGCGGCGGUUCCUCCAAUGAUGAAUGCAUAUCGUGCCCAGCAGGCCCUCCAGGACCACCUGGAAGUGAUGGCCCUCCUGGACCAGCAGGACCAGAUGGCAAGCUAGGAGCACCAGGUCACAAAGGAAAUGGUGGACAUUCUGGUGGACCUGGAGCAAUGGGAGACGCUGGAGCUCCAGGACAGCCCGGUCAACCAGGACAACCUGGAGCACCCGGACAAGGUGCAAAACACGGGAAGGGUAAGCCUGGCGCACCGGGACCUGCUGGAUCAAUGGGAGCACCUGGCCAACCUGGAUCUGUAGGACAACCAGGAGGCCCUGGAAAAGCUGGUCCACAAGGAGCAGCCGGAGCACCUGGACAUGCUGGAUCACCAGGACCUCAUGGCCACGAUGGCGAACACGGCGGACCAGGACAUCCAGGAAAAGAUGCUGCUUACUGCCCAUGCCCUCCUCGUACUUCCACUUAUGAUUCCGGAGUAACAGAGGCCGCUGGAUACGAGGCUGGAGCGACGGAGGCUCCAGGCUACGAUGCUGGAGCGACAGAAGCACCAGGAUACGACGCUGGAGCGACGGAGGCUCCAGGCUACGAUAACGCAGCGUCUCAGUCGCCAGGAUAUACUCCUCCCGUAUCGGAAGCUCCAGCUUAUGAGGUAGAAGCGUCAGAGGAGCCUGCUAAUGGGCCUGCAGUAUCUCCAGCUCCACAGAACUAUGGAGGAGCAAAUGGUGGCGGCCCUAGCGAUUAUCGCAAGCGCCGUGUCAGAAAGCUUCGCAAGGUCAAGAAGAUUGUCAAGGUUUGA